CCAAGGUUCAUAUCUAAAAGCCAGCUAGUGCAGGGAGAGAGGAGCAGCAGAAAAAGGCAGUGUGAGGAAGAGGAGGAAGCAAGGAGAAACGAGCAGCUGUAAGGGCAAGAAAGUGAGAGAGGAGAAGAGAAAAGGCAAAAGGAGGCAGCAACAGUCUUGGGUCAAAAGAGGAAAAACAAGUCGUAGACAGGCUACAAAAUGGCAUUGCUCCUGUGGCUGGGGUCCCAGCUGUCAUCCAUCUGGAGCAACAUCUCUAUACUGGGGCUCUUUCUUACAGUGUUUACUUUACUGCUUGACUUCAUGAAGCGCAGAAAGAAGUGGAGCCGUUACCCGCCGGGCCCAGCCUCGCUGCCAUUCAUCGGGACCAUGUUCUCCAUUGACUUCCACAACCCCCACCGCUCCUUCGGCCAGCUUCAGAAGAAGUUUGGAAACAUCUUCAGUCUCCAGAACUGCUGGACCAACGUGGUAGUGCUGAAUGGGUAUAAAGCAGUGAAGGAAGCCCUGGUCCACAAAUCAGAGGACUUUGCUGACCGGCCACACUUUCCAAUAUAUGAACAUAUGGGCUAUGGAAAGAAUUGUGAAGGGAUUGUUGUAGCAAGAUAUGGGCAUGUCUGGAAGGAGCUGAGGAGAUUUUCACUCUCUGCGCUGAGGAACUUUGGGAUGGGAAAGAAAUCCCUGGAGGAGCGAGUGGUAGAGGAAGCUGGAUUUCUUUGUUCUGAAAUCAAGUCUAAAGAAGGUAAAUCUUUUGAUAUACAUGUUCCCUUAAAUAAUGCUGUCUGCAACAUGAUCUGCCACAUUGUCUUUGGAGACCGUUUUGACUAUGGUGAUGAGACAUUCAAGAAGCUGUCAUGGCUAUUUCAAAAUUCUUUGGAUCAGGAAACUGGAUUCCUGCCUCAGCUUCUUAACGUGGUGCCCAUUUUGGUGCGGAUCCCUGGAGUGGCACAGAAGCUUUUUCGAGCACAAAGAGAGGUCAUGGACUUCAUAGAUGUGGCCAUUGAUAAACAUGUGAAGACCUGGGACCCUGCUUACACCCGAGAUAUCACAGAUGUAUUUUUAAAGGAAAUGGAGAAGGGUAAGGCAGCUGAAGAGAAUGGUUUCCACUAUAACAGCCUUCGUCUGGUGACCCUGGACUUGUUCACAGCUGGUUCUGAGACCACCUCCACCACUCUCCGGUGGGCAUUGCUGUACAUGCUUCUCCAUCCAGAAAUACAGAGUAAGGUCCAGGCAGAGAUUGAUAGAGUGAUUGGCAGAGAGAGGCCGCCCAGCAUGACGGACCAAGCAAGCAUGCCUUACACUAAUGCUGUGAUCCAUGAAGUGCAACGCUGUGGGGAUAUUGUUCCUGUUGGGAUACCUCACAUGACAUACCGGGACACCGAGUUGCAAGGCUUCUUUAUUCCCAAGGGGACGACAAUCAUCACCAACUUGUCUUCGGUGCUGAAGGAUGAGACAGUCUGGGAGAAACCAAAUGAGUUUUACCCCGAACACUUCCUGGAUGCAAAGGGGCAGUUUGUGAAACCAGAGGCCUUCCUGCCCUUCUCAGCAGGUCGCCGUGCCUGUCUGGGAGAACAGCUGGCCAGGAUGGAGCUCUUUCUCUUCUUUACCACUCUCCUGCAGAAAUUCACUUUUGUGCUCCCUGAGGACCAGCCCAGGCCACGGCAGGACGGUCACUUUGCACUCACCAACUCUCCACACCCAUACCUGCUGCGAGCUCUCCCAAGAUAGGUGCACACCACUCCCCUUUCACUGACAGACCACCACUGCCCAAACUCUGUCAGGAGCAUUGCAGGUCUAGGCAGGAUCAUGCCACGUUCAAUCUCAAGUCUCUGCAGAAGCCACAGCUGUGUAAAGUAAGGACCUAGGCCACUAUCUUGUUGAGCUUAAUUCUAGUUGUGCUUCUUGAAUCAGACAAGAGAGCUUCAGCUUCAAUAACAAGGUGACAUUACAACGUAGUUUCAGUGUAGUGCUUCUGGAAAAUCUUACCAUCCAGGACAUUCAUGUCCCCUUCAUUCCUUCCUGUUUAUUACACACUUCUGUGUGUUGAACAAAUAUUGCACUGUCUUCAUUUCUAGCCUCAAAGAAAGUAAGUUUUAAUCCUGACAGCCCUUAUGUCACACUAUGUCUCCAGUAGGAGUAAAUACCAAGGAGUACAUAAAUAAUCCAGAUGGUGUUGUAGCCACAGAAGAAGGUCCUUUUUAAAAUACAGAAAUUUCUAUAAAUACAUUUAAAGAGAAAUCCUGGUGUUUAGAUUUAUUAUCUCCUUCAAUUAAUUUUUAUUUUUUAUUUUUGGCAUUACAUAAAGUCAGCUCUUGGACAGGUUUGGAACUCACCUUGGGAUGGAGUUAACACUGUUUGAAACUGUAUGGCCACAGAUUUCAGAGCUGCCUCUCUCUUUCUUCUUGCAAUAUCCCUGACAAAUUGUGUGCAAGAUAUAAAGAUAUGCUGAUGUUUAAAUUAGGAGUAGCCCACUUAUCAUAUCUAAAGAGAUAGUAGCACAAAGGAGCUCCUACAUAUAACCACCACUAAAAAAAUAAAUAAAUAAAUCUGAAAUUGAGUGCACGUGUGGAGUAGUUAUUUUGUGUAAUAGUAAUUUUGGAAGCUAUGAAAGCUAUGGAAUUAUGCAUAUACUUACUAACAAAAUUAAGAUCUGAACUUCAGCAGGAU